CCAGCCGUAAUUAUUGGAACAGAUACUGUUGGAUAGAAAAAUUUUGUUCGGUCUAAGUCACUCAUAACCUUGAAAGAUUUCUGGCACAUACAACAUCUGUUUGUCUUCGUGAUACAUCUAUUGUCGUUUUAUAUCAUUUUACAUCAUAUCUAUUUUUUAAUAGUGCAUAUUUAAGUUUUCAUCAUAAUCUUGAUAUUUUUCGUGAUAUAUACAUAUAUAGACAUAUGCUCUGCCAGUGCUCUAAUUAUUGGAUACUAUCACUACGAUUACUCUAGAUUGUUAUUCUUGGAAACCGAUUAAAUUUUACAAAGCUGUUUGCUUCUGAAUAAGUUAGCUUUUAUUACUAAAAGGAAAAAGGAUAUAAAUUUACUCAUAACAAAAUGUCUCAAGAAGAAAAAGAUUUAGCAGCUUACAAUUCUAAUAACAGCAAUAAUCAAGGAACUUGUAUUGUUUGCUAUAAGAAUGUCGAUACGUAUAGUAUUGGGAUGUGUGAGCAUCCUGUUUGUUAUGAAUGUAGCACUCGGAUGCGAGUACUUUGUCAACAAAACGAGUGUCCAAUAUGUCGACAAGAUUUACCUAAUGUUGUAUUCACGAAAAAUAUUAAACCAUAUCGACAUUUAAAUAAGGGAGAGCUAUUCGACAGUAGAUACAACAUCUAUUUUGAUGACUUGGAGAUUCAAGAAAAGUUCACUCAAUUAUUAGCGCAUGUAUGUCCUGUGUGUAAAGAUAAACAGCUGUUUAGUACUUUUAUUGCUUUGAAGGAUCAUAUGAGAAAGAAGCACGAGCUUCAGUAUUGUGAUUUAUGUGUAGAAAAUUUGAAGAUAUUUUCAAGAGAACGUCGAUGCUAUUCGAGGGCAGAUUUAGCUAUGCAUAGAAGAAAAGGUGAUAAAGAUGAUAAAAGUCAUAAAGGUCAUCCUCUUUGUGAAUUUUGUGAGCGUCGUUACAUGGACAAUGAUCAACUUUUCCGUCAUCUCCGUCGAGAUCAUUUAUAUUGUCACUUUUGUGAUGCUGAUGGUCUUCAUCAAUAUUACAACUCUUACGACUGUCUUCGAGAUCACUUUCGCUCGAAACAUUAUUUAUGUGAGGAAGGAUCUUGUGCUGAAGAAAAGUUUACUUGUGUUUUCAGAACAGAUAUCGAUUUGAAAGCCCAUCGGGCAAAUAUUCAUAAUAAACAUCUUGGAAAAGCUGCGGCAAAACAAGCAAGAACUUUAGAGUUAGAAUUUACUUUAGCACCACGUAGUGGUGUUGGUGGUGAUGGUCAUAGAAAUGCAUCAAAACGACCUGGACAAUACAACUCUGCAAGAAAGAAUGUAGAGAAUACAAAUGAUGAUUCCGGAUCGACCUCGAGAGAUUUUAAUCCACGAGAUCAAAAUACACUUUUAUUUAAUUCUUCCACUCCACGUCGAAUUGAUGUUGGAAGUACGGAAGAAUUUCCAACUUUAGGCAAUACAUCAACAUCAAUUCCACAUUUUAAUCAAAUAAAACGAUCUCAGGGCCAAGGAAAUAUUACAAUACGUGGGUCAUUGAAAUCGCCAGCGCUCGCAGUGACUGAUGAAAAUUUUCCAGCUCUUUCAGGAUCAGAUGCAUCGAAUUCUAGUAAUGAAAUAUCAAAAACUGUCAAUUUUAGCAUAUAUAAUACCAGUAAAUCUGGUCCAAGUGGGUCUCAAAGUGCUCAGUGUUCAGGGUCAGGUGCCCCAAACGUUUCUAUUCAUGUAAAUCAUAAAAUAUCUGAUGGUACCAUUACGACCAAAGUAUCUGGACCUAAUAUUAGAAUUAAACCAAGUCAAUUAAAGAUGAAUUAUUCUGAUUUUCCUGCAUUAAGUUCUUCUUCAAAAUCUUCAAAUACCAAUACAGUAAAAAUUGGACAGUGGACGAAAGUAACUUGUUCGAAACCUCAGACUACCAUUGCAACAAAGAAGGUAACAUCUCGUCCUGCUUCAGUAAACUCAAUUCCUUCACUUUCUUCGGCAACCCCACCAGCCAUAUCAAGUGGAGAUGCGUUUCCAAGUCUCCCUAAUCCAUCAAGCCGCUCAAAAAAGACAUCAUCAGUAUCAUCAACAUUUCAAAGCACAUCAAGUCAGUCUAAUCGACAUCAAACUGUAGAUGACGAUUCUGCUGAUCAGAAUACUGCCUCUAGUGAUGCUGGGAAAAGCAAUAAGAAGAAAAAAAAGAAGAAAGUUAAAGAUCAAAGUCAUGAGAGUGAUGACAGUAAAUCCACUAAUUCUAAAUCGCACGCUAAUGGAUCAAAAGUACAAAAUGACAAUCAACCGUCCCGAGUUGUAUCAAAACUUGAUUCUAAUAACAAAAAUAAAACCAAUAAAAGUGCAAUAAUAAAUAACAAUAACAAUACUAAUAAUAGUAAUAAUAAUAAUCAUAAUAGUUGUGUUAAUAGUGACGUAAAAAAAUCAGAAACGUUCAAUUUUAAUAAAGAAAGCACGAGAUCUAAACAAAAUAGUGAAAACACAGAUACAACAAAUACAACUAAUACUUCAGAGACGGCAAAUACUGCCAAAAAAUUUCAAGAAAAGGCCAAUGAGUUACCAAGAAAGAGGUCUGAAUUGAAAAUUGACAAUUUACAUAAACUCUCUGAUCAUUUAAGACAUAAUUCACAAGACUCUGUAACACGAAAACAGUCGUCUAAUUCAAAUCCAACGAAUCCACCACCAGGGUUUGGAACUACAGCACCUCCACCACCAGGAUUUGCCAUAAAGCUUGACAGUCUUGAUGUAAAUAGCCAAAAUGAUGGAGGAUUGACGUUUACUAAUAGUUUAGGUGAAAGUUAUUCUAUUUUGCCAGAUGAAUGGGCCGAUAAAUCAUUUAGUUAUGUUCCACCACCAGAUUUUCAAAAAAGAAAUAAAAAUUUAGUUACAAAAAUUAGUCAAGUUUUAGAUGAACAAGAAUCGAUUGGAGAUUUUAGAUGUAUUAGCGGAUUAUUUAAGCAAGGAGAUUGCAGUGCUGAAGAUUAUUAUAAACAUUGCAGGGAUUCGAUGGGUAUUAGUGCAUUCGGCCAGAUUUUCCCUGAAAUGUUAGUACUCUUGCCAGAUUUACCUAAGCAACGAAAACUUUAUGAGCUGUUCAAGAAAGAAUUCCCUAAUAAUACAACACUGAAAGUUUGUCCAACUUGCAAUCAAAUUGUAAAAAGUGGCGAAGAUCUUAAAGCUCAUUACACCAGUCAUACUUUGGACAGUCAUUUCCCUGCUUUGGCUGGUGGACAGACUACUAGUACUCAGAAUUUGCACACGUGGGUUCGAAAGAAUACAUGAUGUUUUUUUAAAGUUAUCUCAAUGAUUUUAAUGGACAUGAUAAAUAUUAUUAAAUCCUUACGUCAUUAUUAUUUUUAUUUCGUUUUAAAUACAGUAAAGUCUGCAAGAAUUAAUACAAUGAGUUAUUAUUUAACUAUUUAAAUAAUUAAAAAAUGUUUAAUUUUUUAUAAAAAAAAUUAUUUAAAUAAAAAAUAUAUUAAGGAUAGUUUAGAAAUAUAUAAAUGAAUAUAUAUAUAUAUAAUAAUACGUGGGAAAAUAAAUAUAUAAUCAUGUUAAACUUGUAAAAUAUCAUAAGCUGAUGCAGACUUUACUUUAAAAAAAACAAUAUUAUUAAGAUGAAAAAUUGAGUACCAUUAACUCGUAACGAUUGCAACUGCCAAAAUAUAACUCGAAAAAAUGUAUCAAUAAUUUCAAAUAAUAUGAACAAUAAGAAUAUUUUUUUUUUCAGUAGACUUAUUACGUAUUAAUAAUUUUAAUAUCAAAACACUUUGCAAGUUUAUUAUCUUUCAAAAAAUGAAGGUAAUAUAACAAAACAAGAUGUUGGUAGAAAAUAGCUAAAUUAAUAUUAUUAUUAUAAUUAAAAAAUGAUGAAUGAUUAAUUAAAUGAAUUGUAUGAAAUAUAUGCAAUUUACAUUGUACCAUUUUGUACAGUAAUAAGUUAACAUGAAUAAAAAAUUAAACUAAUGGAUAAAAUGAAUAUUAAACACAUAAAUAAUGACUGCGAUAAUGAAAUAAUGGUGUUAAUUAUA